AUGCCCUCGAGUCACGUGGCGUUUGGGCAAGAGGUUGGCUGGGGGCCGUAGUAUGCCGAACGGCUUCUUCACAUCAUGUAAACAUAUAAAGAGAAGAUACAACCAGCACCUGAAUUUUAGCAACUUACAGCACAAGAGCGACUGACCGAACCCGGAUCUUUUUUUGGUGAAGUAACGGUAUCGCCGCUCGAUCCGAACAGGGUUCCUCGCACGUUUCUCCAGCUUUUGCAGCCGAGACUCGACAGCAGUCUCCAAGGUCCCGAGUCGCCUUAUUCUUCUCCAGCAACUCAUCCCUCAGGAGGCCGUGUAUUUCCAGUAGCUUUGAUUCUCGCGCUCGUCGAAGUUGCAGUCGGUUCUGCACUAUUGUACGUCCUCCACCUGACCUCGGGAAGGUUCACGCGUAGACUUCAAGUUUCACCGAGUCCAACGGAGGUCAUUGUCCAACAAGCCGGUCGCCGACCCCAAUCAUUUUGGGAAGUGUUCACAAGCGCUAAGCCAUGAUUCUUCUGCAAGCAGGCAGUACUGGCCGGCUUAUGGAGAGCAGAAACCUCGAGACCUCGACUGGGCACGAACCGAUAUCGGCUACUACUUUGGUUGGUCUACGCGGUCGUGCUGGCAGUGCCCCUGCUUUGUCAGAGUCGGUAGCCCGCGUGAAGACCGAUACUUGACAUCGCUUCUUCCCACAGUCACGGAAACCGACACCACUGGGUUCAGGGUCCCAGUUGUCCAAUCCGAGGCUGGUGUCAAAGACUUUGUUACCGCCGCCAAAGCGAGUUAGUCCAUUCAACCCGAUCCCGAACCGAAUCCGGAUCGGAGCUCGCUCGCGCCUGUCGCUUGGCGGAGUCGGAUCUCGGAAUUGCGACGCGUUCGAUCACUGCGCCUUAGCUGACGCCGUAGUAUUUACCCCAGUCGUGGUGGUACGCACCCAUUUGUCUGACGUCCAAAUCGCGUAUUAUUAAACGGUAGAUGGCAAGAAAGCGGUGUUCACCAUCGGGGGUUGGAUCGGCUCUCGAUUUUUCGGAUCGAGGUGAGUUCGCUUCGUCAGAUUAGGUGCCUCCAAUGAGGAUCAAGUGACACGGCCACCCGGAAGUGUAGUCGCGACAGAUCGCAAUCGACAGGCGUUCGUGAAAGACGUCAAGGCAUUUCUCGACACGUACACAUUUGAUGGCGUGGACUUUGUAAGCUUUCUACCGACACAUCGGGACACCAUGAUUGAUAGGGGCUCCUGCGCAGCUCUAGAAAUUGACCCCACUACUCGCUUGUCGGCCGUCAAGGACUGGGAGUUUCCCGGCUCGCAAUGUAUCGGGUGCAGCAAAGUCCGACCUGCCGACUCGGCCAAUUUUCUCUAAUAAAGCACUGCGCGCAGAGAUUGGUCCAUCAAAGUUGAUCACCGCCGCCAUUGCAACCUCGGGAUUGGUAGAACCCGAUGGCAGCCCCCUGGCGGACAUGAGCGAUCUCGGCAAAGUCUUUGACAUUAUUAACUUGAUGAAUUACCAUGUCGGUGGAUCAUGGGAAGCCCCGUCGGGGCCUAAUUACCCGCUGAGGACAUACAAGAGCGUGACGAGUGUCGUCGAGGUGAUCGACACGUUCAAGAAGGCUGGGAUCCCCGCUUCCAAGAUGAUGCUCGGCAUCCCUGCCUAUGGCUACUCGUACAAGCUCAAAUCAUCCACUCUCAAGUCUCAGAAGAUCAAGGGCUCACUACGCAAGUCUACCAGGACAAGAGUGAUGUAAUCCUGAAGGGAAACAGGACGGAUACCAAUGAGCCCAUCGUCGAUGUCUGUGAUGUGAGAACGGCUUCGUACACCGGGAUGUGGCAUUAUGUCGAUCUUAUCGAUGAAGGUGUGAGUAUGGAGCGGCUCAUAAAAGUCUUUCCCUGUUCGUGCAUUCAUUUCAAUCGAGUUCCGGUACGUUUUUUAUGCCACAGCUCCUAUCUUCAAACGGCAAGGUCCGUUUGAAGGGAUGGACGCGUCAUGUCGAUGCCUGCUCCGUCACCCCUUUCCUGUUCAACCGAAUACCAAAGUAAGGAUCAACUAUGAUGAUGCCUAAUCUGCGGGCGAGAAGACCGUGAGUCCGAGCCUUGCGAGUCGCGUUGUGAACUGAGCUAAUCUUUUCCCCUCCUGACAGAAAUACGUCUUGUCGCAAGGCUCAAAGAGUAGAAGCUGGCGGCGGUUCUCCCUCCCAUUGGGAGCCACGGCGGGCGGACUGAUGCGCGGCCACAUUGACUUCUACUCAAAGGGGUCUACACCUUCGAUUCGACUGGCUUCAACGAAGAGGGUAAGUCGCUCUCACACUCCACGCUCGACUGCGCCUAG